AUGCUAAAUGCGCGUGCCCAACUAUUCGAUACUUUCUUUCGUCGUGUGGCCGUGGGUUAUGCUCACGUUUUUCCUCUCACCGCCCGUCGCAUAAUCGAGUUUGGUUUCCUACUGCAGGCAUUUUUCGUUUUGGCUGUUUUCAUUCACUUGCAUUUCAUGUUUGUUCGAUCCCCAAUCACCUGUCUGGACAAACUACGUAGUCGAUGGCCCUCAGAAGCCGAAUCUCAGUCCCAGUCACCAUCCUUGUUCUUGACAACGCCGGAAGAGGAUUUAAAAGUAAUUCGACGAAAUCAUUAUGCCCCUGGGGAUCCACGCACUCCGCGGGAACCCUGGCCACAAUACGGUGUACUACGGGUGGAGGUCAUACGUAAUCCAAGUCCAAAGUAUAGUCUAGCCGACUCAUAUGCGAAACAAUUCUACGGUUCUAAUUUAGACUACUCAGACGAUUUAGAUGGUCCCCUAACGGAUUUGUAUAGCGACACUACGGAGGAUACUGGCGAUCCCAUGUUGACAAAGCAAUCCCCUGGUCCUGGAGCUGGUACUGCACGCACGCAUGCAUCCUCUUCCCUUGGCGCACAUUAUUCUAUUCCAUCCAGAUACGACGCCUCCUGGUCGGAAUCAGUUCAGCUAUUGCACUCCCUUCGUUCAAUGCCCGGCUAUCUGUAUGCUUGUUUGCGUGAUACCGUCGAGUUGGUUGUGCGUACAUUCUCUUUUGCCCCAGCCAAAACAGCUGCUUCCGGUGUCCAGUUGGUGCAACCAUUGGAAGUGCCCGGAAGUAUUCAGUUACCGGCAAUGUGGAGUUUAAACUACAUCAAGCACAACAUAUUGUGCGCUGCUUUAACGCAUUUGGCCUCUCUUGUGAAUAGUGUAUCGUCUUCAGCAAUGCAAUUCUGUCGAGAGGUCCCUCUAUGGCUUCAGAGUUUUUAUGGUCCGGGUGAGUUACAUUUUAUCAACCUGUAUCUAUAA